AUGAAGAAAAAAAAAGUCGUCAAGUUGAAGGAGGAGUACGUGCCGAAAGGGAACUACUUUAGCAAAGAUGCCCUGUUGACCAAUAUCUUCAUGCAGAGCUCGGAGAACGUGCUGUCGGAAGUCGAGUCGAAGAAUUCCCAGCUGAUAGUUAAUUGUAUAAACAAGUUGCACAAAAAAAAUCUGCAAACUAAGUUGAAGGCCAUAAGUGAACUAAUUCUACACCUGAGCAAGUACGACGAAGACGAAGUGAGUCACCUCUUCUCCUCCUACAUAAGCGUGUACAAAAAGUUGAUAUAUCACCCGAACUAUGGCCUGAGGGAAAACCUAAACCUGUGCCUGAAGCUGUUCAUAGUGAAAGUUAAGACGAAGAUUAAGGCCCACCUGAGUGUAUUUUUGCCGCCACUCUUUGUGUCCCUCUUCGACUACAGCAAAAACGUAAAACACAUCGCGGGCGAAAUUUUGCUCAUCAUUUUCCCCCCCAAGGGGAAGACCCAAGAGUCGGGGGGAGUAGAAAACCCCAUCAGACAGCAUCCAAAGAAGACAAAAAAAACACAGCCAGGAAAGAUACGCCUGCAGGAGGAACUCAAGCUGUACGGAGUGAUCAAAAAUUUGAAAGUGAAUUUGACUAACCUGUAUAACUGUCUCAAGUAUGUUGGUGGUCCCCUCUGUGAGGAAGUCACGAGGAACUUGAAAAACAAAAAGAACGACGAGGAUUACGAUUAUGGUGUGUACCUCUUCAACGUGGUUUGUUUUUAUCCGUCCCUUUUGUACAUGUUGGUGAGAAUUGCUAAGGGGGAUGACGACGAAGGGGGGAAGCCAAAGCACCCCGUGGAAGGGAACGAUAGAACGGCCUCCCAAAACCAUAAAGACGUCAACUCAGUGAAGCAGUUCAUCCGAAAGGAGUUCCCAACCUUCGCCAGCACGUUCAGCCUCUUCUUCAAUGCAGUGAACUCAAUUUACAAAGAAAGCAGAGACAACGAGCGGGUAAAAAAAAUUAUCUUCCUCGCAGUCUACAACAUAAUAUACUUACUGAAGAAGUAUAAACUAAACUACUCCGAUUUUGAUGAAGAAAAAGCGAACGUAGCGAUCUUUAAUUACAUUUGCUGUGUUGUCAGCAAUAAAGAUGAGUACAUCCUGAAGCACAUAAACCACUUAUUGUUGUUGUAUUUUUUUUCGGAGAAUAAAAAAAUGAUUAAUGAUAAUUUUUUGAAAGGUUACUUGUCCCUAAUUAAGCAUAACAAAAUUGCGAGGAAUGACAUUUUUAAUUACAACAUUUCUUUGUUCAUCUUUAUUUUUGAGAGGAAUGAUAUUCGAGAUUUUUUUUUUUUUUUAUUUCUCUUUUUGCUUCUUCACGGGAUGACAUCUUCGCUAGUUGUUUACUACGAUUUGUUGCAUCAUUUGCUUGGCUACUUCUCAGUGGCGGAGGCAACUCAUGGGAGCAGCCUUUGCCAAAGCGAAGACUCAGGUGUCCCGUAUUCCCUUUCCGAAUCUGAUUGCUACACUGUGCUCAGCGAAAGUAUCAUGCACCUGCCAUUAGAAACGAUCCUUGCUCAAAAAAUUGGCGUAACAUACAAGUACUCAUUUGAGAGGACACACCCUCUUUGUGAAUCCCUCUCCAACAUAUACUACUGCCAGAAGAAGAAGCCAAGUAAGGACGGUAAGGACAAGGACCAAUUUGAAGAAUUAAAGAGGAAAAUAAUUGCAGAGAAGCUGGACGAGACUAACUUCAUCCGUACCUACAUCAACUUUGUUAAGUUAUCCAAAUGCGCUAACACAGUUGCUCUCAGUUGUUUGGGCAUUCUCAGUGAGUACACGAGCGAUUUGGCGAAGGAGUUGGGGGCAGGUGGUACGUUGGAAUGGGAUACACCCCUUGACCGCUCGGGGGGAUUCCAUCCAAGUAUGAACCAUUCUACAGUUGGAAGAUCCCCCCAAUGUAGUGACAACCCCAGCGGUAGACACAAAUAUCACGACGCGGUUGACUUCAUUUUGAAAAUUCUAACAGAACUGAAAGGUGUAGUGUUCCCACCAGGGGUCGAAGUGGACACUCCAGGAGUUGUAACCAACCAAAGCAACAAUGCCUCUGUCAGGACAGCCUUAAUUCGCACGUUGAAAUGUACCUUCAAAAUUGCAUGCCUUUUAGUGGAGGAAAGAAAUUACGAAGCCGUUGGAAUGGUGAAGAAGCAUUGGGGGCUUUUGGAGUUUCUCUUAGCUCAGGGGGAAGUGGAGGACGAAGAGGUUUCGCUGGAGCGGGUGUUCUACGUAUUUAUGGAUUUCUUGACGUGGGGUAGACGUGGGGAGAGGGAGAAGGAGAACAUGGAAGAAGGAGCAACACAUGGGGGAGAUGCCCUGUUCAGCUCCCUGGACGUCAGUCUGAACCUCUUGGCGUUUAUUUGCUCCAAAGGGGGGAAGUCGUGCGAUUCCCUGGCGAGGUCCCUGCAGGAGGCACUUCUUGGAACACCCCCAACUGAGGAAACUGUUGAGAAGCAGCUAGCCAUUUGUGUGAAGCUGAUCAAUUUUAUGAGGAAGGAGCACACCAAGUUUUUCGACCUCUCGGAGACGGCCCUGGAAAUAUACAGUUUCUACCUCCUACAGGGUGUGAGGGGUGGAGGUGGCAGUUGGGGAAGAGGCACCUCCCGUUUGGAGAACAAUCGCUAUGAUUCAGAUGGCCGCCAUACUGAGGAGUGCGCAUCACUGAAGGCGUUUUACACUGCUGUGCAGGGGGACGCAGAAAACCAUCUCGACCUCUUUGGAGAGCAGUUCUACCAAGGUGUGUUCCAUGCGUAUAGGACAAAAAUUCACUUAAGUCGAACCCUCCCAGAUAAAGAUUUCUGCUGCUUCUUCUUCUCAUACGUCAUGAGAACGAGGAAGGAGGGUGCUAACCCAUUGGAUGAUAUGCACGUAUAUUUGUUGUUCUCAACUCUCUUGAAUGUGAAGGAUGAACAUGUAGAGAGACACACAAAGGAGUUGUUAGUCUCUUCAAGACUCAGGAAGGAUAGUACAUUCUCCUUUCUGGAGGUAAUGCGGGAUGUAUACAAAUGGUGUAGGGAGAACGAGGAAGAGGAGAGAAGGGGGAAGGGUAAGCUGUGGUCCUCCUUCACAUCCACCAUGAGCCAAUUUGAAGAUGACAAUGACGAAAGCGAAAGUGACGACAUGAGUGAAGUGGCCGAGGGGGACCAUUUUAAGGUUGGCCUACUUGUGAGCAACUCUUUGGUAAGGCUAACCCGCAUUGGUGGGGAGGAAGACGCGGAAGCAGACGCAGGAGGAGGAGAAGCGGAAGAAGACGCGGAAGCAGACGCAGAAGGAGGAGAAGACGCAGAAGAAGACGCAGAAAACACGAACGCCGCAUCCGCUAGCGGCGAUUUGAAGAGGGAAGACCAGGAGCGUCCCACAAAAGGGAGUAUUAGAAAAAAGAACAGCAAAGAAGCAUUCCUGUCAUUACGCAAAAGGGAUAUCCUAAAUACGAGGUUCAUAGAGCGAUUGCUAAGUGUGUACAAACUGUAUUACCAAGUAGAAUGCUUUUCCGUUGGUCACUUGAAGGAAUUCACCAUGCUAUGCUUUGAGGCGACCACUCCAGGGACAGGUGAGGAGAAGCCCCAGAAGGAGCCACACAAGAAUCAAGUAUACCGAUUUUGCAGUUUUUAUCAUUUCGCGUAUGCCAAUAUUAGGAGGAAAUCCUUGUUCUAUCACAUCGUCAGCUUGAGAGAUAAGAUAGAAAUAGAUGAGGGAGAGGAUGUGGGGAUGUUGGAUCUGCUCAUUUAUGUGUAUAGGCAGUUACAGAGGAAGAAGAGUGAGAAGGAGAGUCCGAAAAGGUCUCCUGUCAUCCAUGUGAGCAUAUCAGACGUGGUGUGCGUCAUGAGACAGGUGAAUAAAUGGGACGUGUUCAGCGUUUGUAGGGACAUCCUAACGGAUCGGCGGGGCAGUGGGGGUCUCUCCGAGGAUGUGAUGAAGGACGUCAUUCGCGAGCUGGACAACUUCAAGGUGAAGAGUUUGUUCGACUUGCAGGUGAAGGUGUUCCUCUUUGAGGAGUGCCUCCUGUGCGUUGGCGAUGUGAGCGGCGUUGUCGGCGUUGGCGAUGUUGGCGAUGUUGGCGGCGUUGGCCACGUUUGCCACGUUAGCGGUGUUGCCGGGGGGGAUGACCCCCUCCGCGACACGAAGCAGUACGAAGGCGAAAUCGCCAAGCUGAAGGAGAGACUGCCGAGAGACCUGCACUCCUACGUUGAGAAGAACCUCUCCCUCACCGUCAAAGGAGAGCUGCCCUGCUUAAACCUUUUGUACCAUUUGAUAUGCAUCAGCAGCAGAUACCGAGACGUUAAUCUGUUCGAGUGCUCCAUUGUGAGGAAGAAGGUACUCUUAGGGCUGGCCCUCCAGUAUGUUACUUGGAACAACUUUGACGUGUUCUUUUGUUGCCUCGGCUUUAGACAGAAAAGGAGAGAAAAAAAUAUCGAAAGUAAAAGGGAGUAUCAACAAUUAAUACAUUCCAAAAUGGGCAUACAUAUUCUCAAGUACACAUAUGUCAAAUGUCAAAAGGAGAGAAACACAUAUCUAUCGACAUUUAAGGACACAAAAAAAAUCACAUCUGACCUGAUGAAGCUUCUUUACUUCAUUGUUUCCAUUAGUUCCUAUGACGACGGAUUAGUGGAUGAGGAAAUGGUGACACUUGCUACAGAAAUACUGAAGCUACUUGUACAGUUUGAUGAACAGAAUAUCAAAUCGGUGUACAAAAUUUAUUUGUUCUCUCUUCCAUUUAGUGUUACCCACUUUUGUGAUUACCUCACGACGGAUAUUUUUCAUUUGGAUAAACUGGAGCUAAGUAGACAUGGGUUGGCUAAGUUGAUGAAGAAAAUAUUGGACCUUUAUGUUAAUACGUAUUACCUGUUUAUCCUCUUUUCAAAU